UUGAUUGAAAUUCGAACAAAAACCCUAACUUUCCGUUGUUGUAUUAGGGUUGUUUGAUCGAACAAAUCCUAAGGCACUCUUACAGAUUACAGGUUUAUUGGGUUUUGAAUCUUUAUAUGCUUCAGCUAAUUUAUACUUACAGAAUUGUAAGUCUCUCUUUCAUAUUAAGCUAAUCUACCAAAAAAAUACGGUUUGUGGGGCCGACCUAAGACAUGUCAGCAGGAAGCAACGGGGUCCUGUGCGAGCGGUUGCACCGGGCCCUGAGCGAGUGCCACCGUCGUGUCCCCAAGGGUCCGGGGCAGGAGGCGGCAUGCCGCCACUUGAACCGAUCACUGGCGGAGUGCCUGGUGGCGGAGGCCUGCCCCACCGAAGUAGAGGCCGUUCGGAGCCUCUGUUCCAGCGGUGGCACCGCUCUGAAGCGUUCCCAGUGCCAGCAAGCCCAGCUCUUCCUCUCCGUCUGUCUUUCUUCCCACCAAAUCCCCUCUUGACUCAAAACCCUAAUUCAUUGCCAAUUGGUUUUGUUGUUUAGUUUUGCAGUUUGAAGGCACUUCAGAAUAAGUUAUUUUCGUGAGAUGGCUGGGGGAUUUGGCAGCCUUGCACCAAAGACUAAGAAUAUGGUUGUCGCGGGCGGGUUGACAGCAUUUGUGUUUGGCGUGUAUUUCUACACCAUGAGAGCUGUUGGAGGUACCGACGAACUUCAGGUAGCUAUUGAUAAGUUUGAAGAGCAGAAAAACAAGAGUGAGGGUGAAGCAAGUUUGGCAUCGAAGGUCUGACUUUUGCGGUCCUCCAUGAAGUGAUGUAUUUGGGUGCGGUGUUUAUUGUGUGAGAAAAGAAGUCAUCUUUUCCUCUCAAAUAAAGCUUCUUGCGACUCUUUUUGCAAGUUUAGCUUAACAUACAUGAUGUGUUUGGAAGUAGCGUAUUUUAUGUAUUUGCUCAAGGAUAAAACAAUGAAAGACAGAGAUCUUAGAGGGCAAAGAGUGAGAUUUUUAAAGGUUGUGUGUUCCAGUGUGAAGUUCAUAGCUGAAUUCUUCGUUAAAGGAAUAGAAAAAAGUACUUGACAUCUGAUUA